AUGUACGUCGCUCGCAAGGAUUCCAAUCAAGUGGUGGCAGCUGCGGAUCUUGUAGACGGACUCUACUGGCUUCGCACGACGCAGCGAUCGGCCAAUGCGACAUCACUCAGCAACGCUGUUGAUCUACAUGCGCGAAUGGGCCAUGCUCCAGUCGACGUACUUCGCAGGAUGGUGACAAGCCACAUGAUCAAGGACGCUCACAUCCCUUCCAAGCCGAAUGGAUCAAGUGUGUGUCGAGGAUGCCAAGAAGGGAAGAUGGUCCAAAAACCAUUCCCGAGCAACCGUGACAAGCGCACCUACAACACCUUCGAGAUGCUCCACUUCGACAUCUGCGGACCCAUGGAAGAAAAAUCUCUGGGUGGCAGCAAGUAUCUGCUGCUGAUCGUGGAUGAAGCCAGCGGAUGCAUGAAGGGUUUUUGUCUGCAUUCCAAGUCAGAGAGCGAAGAGUGCAUCAAGAAGUACAUCACGAUGAUACAGACGCAGUUCAACAAGAAAGUCAAAUUUGUGCGACACGAUGGAGCCCGCGAGUUUGCGACGAACUCGCUUCAAGAUUUCUACGAAGUCGAAGGCAUCGAGCAACAAACCACGGUGCCAUACGCACAUCAAGCCAAUGGAACUGCUGAACGCGCGAUUCGAACUAUCGUCACCAUCGGUCGUAGCAUGCUCCAUCAUGCCAAGUUGGACAAGUGCUUCUGGGCUGAAGCGGCAAUGACGGCCGUCUAUGUGAAGAACCGUUUGCCGUCACCCAAGAUUCCACACAAGACACCGUUCGAGAUUGUCUACAAUUCUAAGCCAAGUGUCAAGCACAUGCGCGUUUUUGGGUGCCAAGCAUACAUCUUGACCCCGAAGGAGAAACGACUCAAGUGGGAUGCCAAGGCCCGGGCUGGAUUGUUUUUGGGCUACGAAGAAGUGUCCAAGGCGUAUCGAGUUUAUGACAUCGAAGCGGGGCAGGUGAUGAUAAGUCGCGAUGUCAACUUCGAUGAGUCGGCCUUUGGAAUGUCGAUGCUGAUUUCCGAUGACGAUGUUGAUGGCCUGGACUUCGAAUCGAUCGAUCUUGAUGAUGAAGAACCGCGUCCGAGACACUUCAAACAAACAGGAAAGCGCAAGGCCCAACCCAGUCACGACAAUGACGACGCAAGCAUGCCCCGAGCAGUGCGCCAACGACCCGGAUUGGAAGAGUCAAGUGCGCCGGAUGUAUUGAGGGUUACCGGUACAAUCCGAACCUAG